AGUUGCCCCCGUGGACUGGUGAUGGUAAUAGGGGUUGUGGUUGGGAGGUGGUAGGGGAGAUACAUCAUUGCAAGAAAGAGAGAAUCGGCCCUCACAGUCCACUGGCUGCAGGAGAGUGAGAGAGCUAAAGAGACGCCUCCUUUCCGCGCCCUCUACCCUUCAGAAAGGAGCCAAAUUUACCAUCACUACCACUCACAGUUCUGAUCAGUGUGCCAGACUCCUGAAAUCGCAGAGACCAGCAAUAAAUGCCAUCAUCUUCCAAUUCAGUAACAUUCCGUCCAUUGGCUUUGUUACUGGAGCACGCCAGAACGAAAUGGACAUGAAAGUAUAGAACAGUAAGAAGAAAUCAAACUGCAUCCAAAUUUUGCCUGUCUGAGAAUGUCCGAAGUAACGGGCCAACAGUUGAAUCCGGAAAGAAACCUGGCAUGGGUUUAGAAAGCAGAGCACACCCAUCUAAUUAGUUCUGCUGUUCAUGGAGGGGAAUAAUUGCUGUUCAGUAUUAAUGCAAUCUCUCACUCGAUAGUGGAUUAAGAAAUCUGAAUGGCAACAAUGAACAUACAGAGGACUUGUGAGACAAUGUGAGGAGACAUCGCUCUCAUCUGAUUUACUCAUUUUUUUAGCACAUAUUAAUUGUCACCUUGGCAACAGCUCUCUCAAAGACAUACCUCUCAUGAACAGAAAUCACAUGCAAAGCAUUCUAUGAAAUUUCUGAAGCUUCGAAAUGGGCUGCGGCUAAGAAAAAGAGUUUUGAGGAGAUCUGGAUUGCGCCUCUCAGUCUUAAGACAAAUCAAACAGCUGUUUCAAUGAAUUCAUCCAAAAUCCUAUACCACAGGAAUGAAACUGCUUCCUUCAUUUCUCAGAGGCUCAGGGUGCAAAUGAGUAGGCUACUUGCUGGCAUGAGGAGAUUAAUUCCAUCAAGCAUAUUCCAAAGAAUUAUAGCUUUUUAACAAUUGUCAUAAGAUCCGAGCCAAAAGGAGAUUUAGCAGAAUCUUCAGUCACAUUUAUAAUAGAAGAGAGGAGUAAAGGAAGAAGCUAAUUGCCAUCCAGCAAGCAGUCUCAGUUGGAAUCUUUAACUCCGACAUAUUCCUGUUCUUGGGACUGUUGAACUACCGUCUGGGAGUCACCAAUUAAAACCACAAAGCUGCAGUGAAUUGGAUAAAUAUAAAAGGCAAAGUUGGGGUUUGGAACUCCUCUUUGACAUUUGUUCUGCUUCCUGAAGUGGUUUAACAGCAAGGAGGAUCUCUGAUCACGCCAAAAGGCCACACUCAAGGACAACAGUGCAACAAUGAAGUGCUCACUUCGAGUGUGCAUCCUUUUCCUUGGACUGCUCAUUGUCUUCCUGACUUCUGUGUUCUUCACUUACACACUGACGGGUGUGACAAACAUGGCCUACCUGCAGAGCCAAUCUGUAGAGGAUGUUCAUCGUGUCAAGCUGCUGCCUGGCUACCUGAACAUUCAGAAGUUAAAUAAGAACCUUGCAAGUCAGAGGACAUGUGCUUGUGAUCAUUGUGUGGGUGAUCCUGGUGUGUCACAUUGGUUCGAUGAGAAGUUUGAUGAAGACAUUCUGCCACUUUGGACAAAAGCUAAUAUGAUGUUGGAGCCUAAUGUGUACAACUGGUGGGUGAUGCUUCAGCCCCAGUUCAAGUCACAAGGCUUAAAGGAUGUUUUGACCAAACUCUUCCUCAUAGUGCCUGGAGAGAACCCUUAUGGCUCAUGGAACCAGUCUCGGUGUCGGCGUUGCGCAGUGGUGGGUAAUUCUGGAAACUUACAUAAAUCUCAUUAUGGAGAGGACAUCAACACGCAUGAUUUUAUCAUGAGAAUGAACCAAGCUCCAACCGUUGGCUAUGAAGCAGACGUGGGCAGCCGCACAACUCAUCACUUCAUGUACCCAGAAAGUGCAAAAAAUCUCCCAUCAAACGUCAGCUUUGUUCUGGUUCCUUUUAAGACAUUGGAUCUCCUUUGGAUUACCAGCGCUUUGUCAACGGGCGAGAUCAGGUUCACUUACGCACCUGUCAAACAAUUUCUACGGGUGGAUAAAAACAAGGUGCAAAUUUACAACCCAACAUUCUUCAAGUAUAUCCAUGACAAGUGGACAGAACAUUACGGGAGAUAUCCGUCCACAGGAAUGCUGGUUCUGUUUUUUGCUCUCCAUAUCUGUGAUGAGGUCAACGUGUAUGGAUUUGGUGCUGAUAGCAGAGGAAACUGGCAUCACUACUGGGAAAACAACCGGCAUGCUGGAGAAUUCCGCAAAACUGGGGUUCACCACGCCGAUUUUGAAGCAAAAAUUAUAAAUUCAUUGGCUCAAAUAGGAAAAAUCAAAGUUUUCCGAGGAAACUGAAAGGAAACAUAAUUAUGUAUCUGAUCUUCGAAGAAGGGGGCAUCAAACGCAAUGCUCACCAAAUGGAUAUGAGACAGAUUAGCCCAUAAUUAUAUACUGUAUAUUGAACAUAAUUUUCUUUCAUCAUGUUUGAAAAUUGAGGCAGAACUCUGGAACAAGGAAGAUGGAGCAGUUGAUAAUUUAAUAAUAUCUUCAAAGUUUUAUCGCCAAAAUGGCGUUGUUUUGUGGAUCAUUUUCAAGAUGUUAUCCUGCAAUCUACAGGGCACAAGAUAACUCAAUGCGCAAUUUAUUAUCAGAUCAUCCAGGAGUUGCUAUGAAUUUUUUUAAUAUUUGAGCUGCAAGAUCAAGUCAGGCUGAUACCAACUAGAAUGUGAGCCAAAGGCGAGAGUGAUGCGGUUGGGUUGGUGGGGAGGGGGGGGGGGGGGGGGCAUUUGAAAGUGUGCUAUAUGGAGAAUGUUUUGUUGUAUUUGUUGAACUCGCGUUGAAGAGGCAAAUCGGCAAUAUUCAAGCUAAAGAAGCUUUGGCAUCUUCAUACUGGAGAAAAAAAACCUCAGCCUUUCAGACCCGCUGUUGUUAUGAGUGCAAACAGCAGCAAAAACAUCUUUCACCUGUUGGCUGCGAUUGGGGUGAAACCAUCAUGCCACAGCAUCAAAGGUCUGGAUAUUCAUGGUUCUCACUAGUCUUGUUUGAGUCUGUAUUAGAGAAAGAAAUGUGCACAGGCAGGAUUCCUCCUCAUGGGAUUUUGUUUGUGAAUAGUGGGAGUGUGUGAAACCAAUAGGGAAAUCUGGUGCACAGGAAGGGUAGGCAUUCAUUUUAAUUUUGCUUCCUCUGAAAUCCAUCUAAUCUAACGUUAUCUUGUCUGGUUUUGUCUGUCCCUGAUGUAAACGUGGCAAGAGCCACAGCGCCGGCAUCAAGGCACGGUAAACAGUAGUACAUGAUAUUUGUUUAUUAGAAGUUAUACAUAUGAAAUUAAUUGUUAGGAAUUACAUUGAGGUUUUUAUAUUUGUUUUCCACAUUCCUUUCCCAUUAAAACAAAUAAAAAUAAAUCCUUUCCUCCUCAAACUGAAUUUUGAAGGUGGAAAUGGCACUCAGAA